UGUCGAUACUAUGGUGAAUUGCCCGGUUGGUUAUUGCUCUUGCCAUAGUGACAGCUGUUGGUUUGAUCCACGUGUUCGACCAGAUACACAAUGUACUAAAGGACGUGAUGGAACUCUCUGUGGAAAAUGUGCUGAAAACUACAGUGCAACAUUUGGUUCACUCUAUUCUAAAUGUGAACCUAACUGUAAGAAUGAAUACAAGUGGGAGCUUCCUUUACUGGGAUUAGUCUCAGCCUUUGUAGUGGUCGCUGCAGUCUUUGUAGACUUAGAUGUGGCUUCUGGUGUACUCCGCUCAUUCGUGUUUUACUUCCAGAUGGUUGGAUUUACACUAAAUGCAGUUGCGCCGGGUGGAAUUCUCUCUCAGAAAUGGGUUGCUUACUUUGCUGGCAUUGCCAACUUGAACAUCCGGGAGGGUAUAUGUAUGUGGGAGAACAUGACACCACUUCACAGUACUGUGCUCCAGUACUUUAUGCCAACGUGCAUCUUUGUCUGUAUGGCUAUCUUUGUCAUCUUGGCUCGAAAGUUUCCUCUUAUGGCACGAAUUCCUGUGCUUCGUGCAUUUUGGAGUUUAUUGACAUUGACUUAUGUUAGUAUAUCAUACACAACAUUUAUUCUUUUGCAAUGUGUGCCAUUAGAAGAUGGAGAUGAUUACUACUGGUAUGGAGAUGCUACCGUUAGAUGUUUUAAUGGUCAACAUACUAAAUUUGCCAUUACUGCUAUCAUUAUUGCAAUUUUCUACGUUAUUCCAUUUCCUUUCUUUGUAGCAUUUGGUUUGCCUUGGAUUACCAAACUCAAACCAGUAUCUGACAUCAGUCUUCAAGCUUUCAAAGGGCAGUAUUGGUGGGGAGAAGGUUGGAAUUUUGGUCGAAGGCUUCUGCUAAUUGUUAUUCAUUGCUUUUCUGGUGAACCACAUCUCCAUCAGACACUGAUGAUUAUUUUCAUUUCUGCUUUUCUUUCAUUUCACGGUCAGCUUCAGCCUUACUUUUGUAUUCGUGACAAUAUUGUGGAGACAUGUCUUCUUUUCAAUCUUGUUGUUGUGAAUGCACUGCAGAUGCACACAUUUCGCACCCCUGUGCCAUCCUACAUUACAGAAACUCUGUUUCUUGUUCCUUAUGUUGCCGCUUGUUUUUGGUUCCUUUUCUAUGCUUGGCAGAGAUAUGGAAAGAAAGGGGGAAACGAAGAACGGAAAAGCAAAACCCCACAUGGGAAUAAAUCCAGUCAUAACACUGAUAGUGGUUCCCUGGAAAUGCAGCCUUUAAACAUGACUAAUGGCGGCAAAUCCAACCGGUCUAUAUCACUUGAUAAAGAUCAGAUAAUGGAUGAAUCAAAUGAUGCGCUGCGCGAGCCUUUGUUGGGUCUUAUGUGCAAUCAGUAACAGCUUUGAUGGUCAAUUUUAUAGCUAUUGUUGUCUGUCUCUACUUUUAAUCAAACAACUGGAAGCAAACGAACGAUUCAUGAUAUACUACAUUUUCAUGUAUACGUUGAUUUGUGAUGUAUGCUUUGACUCUUACUGAAACAUGUUUGCAUUUAAUUAGCAUUUAUGGCGCUUAUACUUUAACCGUAACGAAAUCACUGCUUCUGAUUAGUAAUACUCUUG